AUGGGGAGCGUCCUGGAGUUCCUGUGUGGGACGGCGAGCGUGGUCCGCGGGAUUGGUCUGCGGGACGUGGUUUGCAGCAAUUGUGACCUCGUGAACAGUGAAGGACGCCAGGAUAACCUGAAAGUGACGAGAGCCAUUUCAAACUUGGCCAACAUACUGACGGCCGUGAUCUUGAAUCAGGGAAGGUGCGGAUUCUCCAGAGGAAUCACCCGUUACAUGGUGGCGAUGGCGAUCUCUGACCUGUUCAUGAUCAUCUUUCAUGUAUUGCUCCGAGGAAUUUAUAUUCACUAUUCCCCAAACUCCUUCCUGUCCCUCAGCGCCGUGUGCCCUACAUUUGUUUACCUGCGGAUGGCCUCCCUGGACUAUUCCGUCUGGUUAACCGUGUCCUUCACCUUCGACCGUUUUGUCAGCAUUUGCUGUCCGAAACUGAGACUCAGAUAUUGCACGGAUAGGACGGCCGCCGUGGUUAUUGUGUCCUUGCGCGCGCUGAGCUGCUUAAAGUAUGUCCCCUUUCACUUCAUGUACGAGCCGCUCUUUAUCCAGGACAAUGUGAACUGGGGCUGCCGUACGAAAGCCGCCUACUUCACCUCCAUCUGGUGGGUGGCUUUCUCCUGGAUGGGUAACUCAUCCCUCUCCUUACUUCCCUUCGCUCUAAUCCUGUUCCUGAACGGUCUGACGGUCAGGAACAUCCUGGCGGCCAGCAGGGUCCGCCGGCGUCUGAAGGGACAGGAUGGCAAGGACAGUGAGACGGAAAAUCGAAGCAAAUCCAUCGUCUUACUCUUCACUGUAUCGGGCACUGCCAUACUCCUCUGGACGACGGGAGCGGUGACUUUCAUCUGUACGCGAACCACAAUCAAUUUCGUGGGCAAUGAGCUCACAAGCCCCCCGGCCAUCGCCAAUGAGGUGGGGGUAUUGCUCAUACGUGUCAGCUCCUGCGCCAACACGUGCAUCUACGCAAUGACCCAAAGCAAGUUCAGACAGGAGUUGAAGAACGGGAUUAAAAGUAUAACACGAUUUAUUAUCAAACCCAUGAAACUAGCGCGGGAGUGCGCCUAG